AUGGCAAAAGAAAGACUGGGUUACCAACAGAUGAGUAAGAAGUACACUACCUACCUACCUGAACGAUUAACUACUAUUCAGUUGGGAAAAAAGAUUGUGCUGUUCACAGACUUCAGUAGUGAAUUUAGUGAUGAUCAGACAUCAGCAAUAAUUGCAGGCCUUUGCAAUCAGGGUAUCUCGCUUAAUAUAAUUGGUCCAGAGAUUUUGGAUGACAGUGCUGAUGAUGUGGGAAUGAUGAUGGCGCUGGACCAAAGUAAUGGGUUGCAGCCUUUCAAAAAUGGUGUGCGAACAGUUCCUCAGAAUUGGAAUGGGAAACCUAAGACUGUUGUUCAACUUGCAGGAGAGAAAGUUGCAACCAGAUUAGUUGCAGAGGCAGAUGGUGGUAUGUAUAGUUUUGAAGAUGCCAUUCCACAAUUGAUUUUCUUUGAGAAACGAUCAGCUGGUAGUGCCAAUUGGAAUACACUGUUGGAAAUUGGUCCCAGUUUCCAAAUUGCCAUUACAGGGAGAAUUAAGAUUAAACAUUCCACAGUGCCUACGUGGAAAACAGCGUACGCAUCUGAUGAAAGUGCAGUCAUUAUUAAAGAAACUUCAUUCCACCGAAAAGAUGAUACAGAAACUCCUGUGGAUGAAGAUGAGGUUAUCCCCGGAUAUAAAUAUGGAACAACAUUGGUACCAUUCAUAGAUGAGGACUCUCAGAUGAAAUACUUCUCUAAUACCCCAAGAUGUUUAAGCAUUCUUGGCUUUACUCGUAGAUCCAAUGUUCCUCAUCAGUUCUGGGCAGGAGAACAAGUUCUUGUUAUAACUGGUCGAGAAGGAGAUGAGGCAGCAGCAGUUGCUCUAUCUUCCUUUAUUCAUGCCUUAGAAGUUCUUGAUUAUGUGGGGAUUACCCGUAGGAUCUACAACAAAAACAGUGACCCUGUUCUUGGUGCCCUCUUUCCUGACAUUACAAAAGAUUAUGAGUGCCUCAUUUGGAUACCAUUACCUUUCCAAGAAGAUGUAAGAUCUUACUCAUUCCCAUCUCUUCGCAAAACAACAGAAAAAUUAACAGAAAGUGAAAAACAAGCAAUGGAUAAUCUCAUAACUGCUAUGGAUCUCACAGUAGUGAAUGAAGAUGAUGGAGAUGGAAGUAGGGAAGAGUUGUUGGAGCCAUCAGGAGUGUUAAACCCACAGCUUCAGCAUUACUGUAAUGCUUUAACUCACAGAGCUAUUUAUGAAGAUGGCCUUAUUCCAGCACCUGUGGAUCAUGUCAUUAAUAUUUUAAAGUCACCAAAAUAAGUUAUUGAUGGAAGAGAUGACUAUGCUA